ACGCUCAUAAGUGUAUACUAAAGUCAUAUUAAAUGUUGCAGACGACAGGAUCGACAAGCCACUCGGAUAGUCUGAUCAGAUCAUGUCUUUCCUUGGUUUAGAAGCACCAACAUGGCUGCUUAUUCUAUUCGUUAUAAUCCUACUGUAUGUGUACGGAAUGUGGGGCUUCUCGUACUGGAAGGAUCGAGGCAUUUCUGGACCAAAACCACUACCUUUUGUCGGCAAUGGACUUGACGUAUUUUUUAAAACAGGGAUGCAUCAAAGCCAACUGAAGUACAUAUUAGAACAUGGUCCCAUUGUUGGUUAUUUUGAGGGACGAAAACCACAGAUCAUUAUAGGAGACCUGGACACGCUCCGACAGAUACUCAUCAAGGAUUUUAAUUAUUUCCAAGAUCAUAGAAGGGUUAGUGACUUGGAUUUUAAGCCUCUUGACAAGGGGCUCACGCAAUUAGAAGGUCAUGAGUGGAAGAGAAUUCGAAAUACAGUGACGCCAACGUUCAGCUCUGGCAAGCUUAAGAUAAUGGUACCAUUGAUCAAUAAUGCCUGUAAAACACUUCUUGGUAGGAUCAAUGACCUCAUAAAAUCAAAAGAUGAUAUCAACGUGAAAGACAUGUAUGGUUGUUUGAUGAUGGAUGUUGUUGCAAGCACGAAUUUUGGUCUUCAACUAGAUUCUGUAAAAAAUCCAGAAAAUCCAUUUUUAAAAAACAUUAAGAGCAUUCUUUCCGGCGGACGGCUUUGGUUGUUCGCGGUUGCAUUAAUGUUACCGGUAGUAGGAAAGAUUUUUAGAUUACUUGGCGUUGGACUCUUCAAUCCGAAAUCAGUUGAUUUCUUCACAGACGUCACAGAUCAGGUUGUGAAGGAAAGAAAAAGUGAUCCAAAUAAUGAGAGAGUGGAUUUCAUCAGAUUGAUGAUUGAUGCUCAUGAUAUGGAGAUUGCCAAAGAAGAAGAUGGACUCAAAAUCCAUUUCGAUGAUGAGAAUACAGAGCGUACACCAACAAGAAAACCUCUGUCAACUGAAGAAAUGAUGGCACAGGCUGUGUUGUUCAUAGUAGCCGGUUACGACACCACCAGUACUCUAUUGAGCUUUAUCUCUUACUUGAUGGCCCUUCAUCCUGACAUCCAAGACAAGCUCGUCCAUCACAUCGAAGAGGUCAUGGAAGGUCAAGAUUCGGUAACGUAUGAAGCUAUCACUAAAAUGUAUUAUCUAGAUCAGAUAAUCCAGGAGACUCUACGGUUGUAUCCAUCAGGCCCAUCAACAGACAGGUUGUGUACGUCUACUUGGACUCACGAUGGUUUGACGAUUGAAAAAGGUGUCGGAGUAAUUGUUCCAAUCUGGGCAAUUCAUCACAACCCUAACGUCUGGUCUGAUCCAGAAAGGUUUGAUCCAGAUAGGUUCAGCAAAGAGAACAAAGAGAAGCACCAUCCAAUGGCCUGGAUCCCGUUUGGACAUGGACCUCGCAACUGUGUUGGUAUGCGAUUCGCUCUAACAACGGUUAAAAUUGCAGUCGUUCACAUCUUCAGAAAGUAUCGAGCUGUUCCCGUAGAGAGUACCCCGAUACCAAUCGUAGCCAAAGUUCUUGGUCAAGUUAUUCCGAAGGAUGGGAUUCCUCUAGGUUUUGAGAAGAGGGAGUAAGUCUGAAAUGAGUUCGUCGUACCUCUUUAAGGAGAUACAAAUUAACAUUAUUAAACUAAUUAAUAUUAUAAGCUGAUAAACUGAAUUAAUUGGCCAAUCAAUUGAGCAUUAAUAUAUUUGCGGGGUUUUUUUUCUCUCAAAGAAUUCAGCAGGUUUGCUCUUUCCUUGUGUUGAUUUCGCCUAGUUUAUUUUUAGGUGCCUGUAAAAAAUAUGCUAACGUAAUCAGCCUGUCAUAUCGAAUACUUAAAACCUGCGGUGUCGUGUCUAUUAGAUCGCACGUCGAGUUAUUUGGUCAUAUAAACGCCGAUGUAAUAUGUUUUCCUUUUUGUAUGUAGAUUAAAAAUCUAGAAAACACAUUACACUAUGAAGAUUAGGCCCGGGAUUUAUCAAUCUCAGCUAAGCAUAUAUCUUAAAGCAGACUUAGCGAUGUAAAGGACUUAAGAGUGACGAACUUAAGAUUUUUUGCUUAGCAAGUUUGAUAAAUCCGGCUCUGGAUAUUAUUUAAUUACACUCUACCAGGGAGGACCGUAGGCGUACUAAACACGUUAAGGUUUAUAAUGUAGGCCUAUUAAUCAGUCAACUAUUACGAUGAAUUGAUUAUGGAAUCGAGUUUCCCAAGGCUAACCGCAGUACGGUUAAUCGUUUUAUAAAUUUUAAUAACGGAGGCAAAAACAUCAUGAAAAGUGUACAUAACCUAAGCCU